AAAUGGUGAGACCGCUCAGUGCAAAUCUUCUGAUUCCAGUGGUGAAGAAGAAGCAACUAUGGGCCAAAAGAAGCCCCGGAGGCAGAGGACCCAUUUCACCAGCCAGCAGCUGCAGGAGUUGGAGGCCACUUUCCAGCGAAAUCGCUACCCGGACAUGAGUACAAGGGAAGAGAUCGCAGGCUGGACCAACUUGACGGAACCGAGGAUACGGGUUUGGUUCAAGAACCGAAGAGCCAAGUGGCGGAAAAAGGAACGUCAUCAGCAGAAGGAGCUUUGCAAAGGAGCCUUUGGGUCACAGCUGAAUGGCUUGACUGGGAACCCUUAUGACGACAUUUACCCAACCUAUGCCUAUAAUACCUGGACCCCCAAGGGGCUACAUAGCAACCCUAUCCAUGGCAAAGGCUUCCAACUCUUCAACUCCAUGAACCUCAAUUCCUUUGGACCCCAGAGUGUCUUCCCAGCACCUGCAGGAGCCACUAUAUCUGGAGUCCCAUCUCUGGAGAACUUCAGCAGCCUGGCAAGUCCUCCUGGGCAUUCUGGGUCAAUGUAUGGGCCUGGUGCCCCUUCACUAUACAUGUAUAGGGACCCCUGUAACUCAAGCCUGGCUGGACUGAGACUCAGAGCAAAACAGCCACAAUCUGCUCUCAAUUACGGCCCUCCACAAAAUACAGGUAUUGGCCCCAGCUUCAGCCAGUAAAAUCUGGACAGGCCAGUGUGACCUUUGUGUGUAAGGUGAAAGAUUAUCAGAAUUGUAUCCCAUUAAGAAUCUUACCAGUGGCCCCUAUAAAAAUAAAAAUUUGCCUCUCUAAGUCCUGUGUGGGGAGAUAUUAGGCUUUGCAAAUAUUUUUGGUUUCCUCCUUUCUGAAGACCAUCAUGUCAGCUUCAAGCUUUUUCUUCACUAUUAGCAUCCAGUCACCUGUCCUGUAGGCAGAGGUUCCUUGGAGGGCCCAGGUCUUGCUUUGGCUGAGGGCUAUAAGCAGCCAACAAUAUUCUAAUUUCAUCUGAACCAUUCAGGGUCAGAUGCCCAAGAUGUUUUUUUUUAAUUAAUUAAUUAAUAGUAGCGGUCCUGGAGAGAUGAAUUGGCAGGGCUGUAAUCAGAUGUUUGGAGCAGUUACAGGGGAAAAGCCCAUCUGUUUCUGAUCAUCAAAGCAGAAGCUCUCAAAAAAGGAGAAUGAAAAAAACCAAGCCUCUUCUCUACCAGGGCAAUCUUCUUCAACUUGGCCACCUCCAGGCGUGUCGGAUUACAGUUCCUUUCAUCCUCAGCCAGCAUGGCCAUAACAGUUUAAAUUCAAUCCAGGUAGUAAUUACAGAGUUGGAGAAUAGGCCUAAGGAGCCAGAUAAUUGGAACCACCUCUGUCAAGGUCAUCUUCCUUACUCUCUAUAGCACCUUCCCCAUUAACCUCAGUUCUCCCUCCUGUGUGCCCAGAGAAUUCCUGGUCAGGGCCAUGAAAAUGAACUACAGAUUCACUGCUCUCCUCCCAUGCUGGCCAACUUCCCUAGAUCACUAGACAGGUGCUGUAAUGCAGCUGCACAAUGAGAAGCUACUCCCCUCCCUUUCCUUCUGCUGAGUUUCACCAUCCCUUUCUGACUGUUUCUGCAUCCCACCCCACCAGUUUUGCAGCCCCAAAGCUUCCCCUUCCCCCUGUCUGCUCUGUGGCCUCCUCCAUUCCAGAAAGCCCAUAAACUUGUUCAUCCUGGGACAACCAAGUCCCUUGUAACAGUGGCAGUUCAUGUGGACAGA